AUGUCGGCCAGUUCGGAAGACAAGGACUUCUCUGACGAUGAUGUCGAUCCCAGUGACGUUACCGCGGCGGCGAAUAUCCUGAGGGACUAUUUUUCGUACGACGCCGAGGAGCGAUUCCACCUCGAAAAGGCGAUCGGGGCCGGAGCUAACGGGAUAGCGUGGAGGGUCAAAUACGUAGACCCGCCUGUGACGAAGCGUUUGAUCCUGAAGAUCGAUAGGACCGGAGUGAUGGAGGGUUUUGGGGGAUCAUGGGAUGGACGAGCCACAACAGUUGAUAUGAAUGGGCCCCUGCAGGCGGGCACUAGCCACCUUGUCAACGAGAGACAUGCUCUCAAGAUAAUGCGGAAGGCGAAACAUAUUGUCAACCUUGUAGAGCCCGAGGACGACCCUCUCGACGCGGACAUCGAAGAACUCGAUCCCCACGGCCUCACCGGGUGGCUUUUCAUCGAGUAUCUAGAAAACGGAACCUUGUGCGAUUUCGUAACAAAUUACUCGGAAAGAUACGAUGAGCCGCUCCCAAACAGGAUCUUAUGGAGAUUCUUCCUCUGCCUAAUACGGUCGUGUAUCGCCAUGGCAUAUCCGCCUGGAGGGCAAGGAUACAACCUGACGGAAACGGUCCCGCUGAAUCGCCGUGCUAGGAGGGUCAGGCACGGUGACAUGCACGAUCAGAACGUUAUGUUUGGCGCUUUCUCGUCUGGCAACGACGUCGAACAUCAUUUGACCCCGGUCCUGAAGUUAAUCGACUUUGGAGAGGCGUUGGAGUUCCCAGAAACCCCUGAAAAUGUGUAUAGAGGAGAAAAGGAGAAUGUAUUUUCGGUGGGAGUCCUCAUGGUAGAACUUAUAACGCUAGACCGUACCGAAGCGAUGGAUUUAAUGUCGGGAGAGGGUGACGGGGUAGGGGAUUACCAGUUACGACCAGACCUGCCACCGAUAAGGGUCGCUCCGGGAUUCAUGUGCCCAAGCGACGACAACACGGAUGUCGAUUAUGACCACGUAGACCAAGACUUAUUAGGAUUGGUGAUGGCUUGCACGGCGGUCGACGCGACAGUCCGACCUCCUCUAGCAGCGCUCGAGCGUCAAGCUACCCACGCCGUCAGGACGCGGAGCCAUCAAUAUUAUCAACAAAGGGAAGGUAAUUUUGCCCUACCGGAGAGCGAUGGGACCAUACAAGAAAUCAUGCAAGAUAUAAUAUUCAAUGCCAGAACCAGUUAG